GCUGACAUAGAUAAGGCAGUGGCGGCCGCCAACAAAGCUAUGGAGUUUGGGUCUCCGUGGCAACAAAUGGACGCUAGUAAAAGAGGUGUGUUGCUGCGUAAGUUGGCCGACCUACUUGAGAGAGACAAAUUGUAUCUUUGUAGUCUUGAAUCAUUGGACAGUGGUAAGGUUUUCAUGCCUUUGUACGCAUUUGAGAGUGGUUUCGUUGCUGACAUGUACAGAUACUUUGCAGGAUGGACAGAUAAGAUUCAAGGGCGUACUAUACCUAUCGAGGGAGCGUAUUUCUGUUAUACAAGACAUGAACCGGUCGGUGUAUGUGGACAAAUCAUUCCCUGGAAUUUCCCAAUGGCAAUGUUUGCUAUGAAGGUUGCUCCGGCAGUUGCUUGUGGAAAUACAGUAGUUGUGAAGCCUGCAGAACAAGCUACGCUAUCUUCACUGUAUAUGGGUAAACUUGCUAUUGAGGCUGGGUUCCCACCAGGUGUUAUUAACGUCGUGCCGGGUUUCGGACAAACCGCCGGGGCCGCAUUAUCUUCUCACCCAAAUGUGAACAAAGUGUCAUUUACUGGAUCGACUCAGGUUGGUCAAGCAAUAAUGGGGGCGCGGGCAAAAAUCAAAUUUAAAAACGAGAAACCCUUGGGGAGACUUGGGGGGAAAAGCCAUUUUUUCUUUUUUGGAAAAAGACGCAAAGGAAACUUUCAGAUAUUUGGUCCAGUACAAUCGAUUAUGAAAUUCAAGGACAUGGAGGAGAUUGUUGCACGUGCUAACGACACAAAAUAUGGUCUAGCAGGGGCGAUAUUCACCGAAGAUAUCGACACAGCUAUGACAUUUACUAGUAGGGUCAAGGCUGGAACAGUUUGGGUAAACUGCUACCUGCCUAUGUCACCAGCAGCGCCGUUCGGUGGAUUCAAGAUGGUCCUGUUACUUGGACGUGAACUGGGAGAGUAUUGUCUACAAGCAUAUACAGAAAUCAAAACAGUCGUUAUGAAGACGUCAGUAAAACUAUAGAGAUUAAACAUUCAGAAGAUCACAAAGUAACGUAUAUGGUUGACAGAUUAUCAAGUUGCAAAUACAUAUUUAAAUUUGUGAUAAGUAUUUGUGAUUAGUACCAGAAAUCAUUCUAUAGGGAUAACAUAAAAAAUUUAUAAUCUUUCACCAACCCUUACCUGGGUGGAACCAAAUAUGAUUUACAUCCGUACACUCUGACCAGGCCCUAUACUGUUCUUUAAAUGAAUAAUCUUAAAGAAGUCCAAAACGGCUAAAUUGACAAUGUUCAUGGACGGUACUACAAGUUAUAUUUCAAUGGGCGGUUAAAAUACAGAGCAUUGCUAAUCCUUCCAAAAUACUCGACAAGUUAAGGGUAAGAGCUGGUAAUUUGAACCAGAUUUAGGACAGAACUCUUGAAUGUUUAGAUGUUAGAAUAGCUUGUCAGCUGUAGCGUUUAGUAUUGAAUGUUCGUGUUAUUAUAUUCAAAAUGAUAAUCAUUUGAUCUGUCAAAUUAAACAAUACUUGUUUGUAUAUGUUGUAUAAAAGAGCAAUAAAGCUUUGUAGAAA